GUGUGUGUGUGGAAUGCUAGCUACCAGCAUUCAUAAUAUAAUAGUUACCAUAGCAACAGUAACAAGGGGGGUGGGGCUUAAAUAACAGAUCAAAGGCAGAUGUCACAUGAAAGGCCAUAAAAAACCUUAAAUAGGGGUACAUCGGCACACAAUUGUGCAAUUCCCCUGCAAGUUAUUUAACAUGCCCGAAUCUAUGUUUCCAGUAGAAAGUGCUUAUAACCUUCUCCCAAAGGAGAGUAAUCCUCCACCCAAACAAAAGAUAUAUAUAUCUAAAUAUAGGGAGGUAACAGUAUUAGAAAAUAAACAACAUAAGCACAAACACAAGACCAUGGGGCCAGGAACACCUAAGGCCCCAUCUCAUCGUGAAAUGUGCCCACAGAGGCCGAAAGGCGAAAAACCUGAACACACAUGCAGGAAAAAAACAGAAAACACAGGCAUAAAGAAAGUCAUGCCACAACCUGCCUGUGUGGACACACGCAAAGGGGACAAGCAGCUCCUUGAGAAAUCAGGACUUGUGCCCUUUUAUUUAAAGAAAAAAGAUUACGGAAUCGUACCAGAGUACCUGCGUAGAAGAAAUGCAGAGAAAGAAAGGGCUGACCAGGAGGCCUGGGUAAAAAAACAAAAAGAAGAAAAAACUAUUAACCCACUGCCAGAACACGAGAGACAAAAGAUUCUCCAGGACCUAAAGAGGGCAUUUAAGGAGUUAAACUUUGAGUAUCAAUCCCUCCCUGUAGUCAUCUCCCCAUUACAGUUCACUAAAUUCAACUACAAAAAGUUUCUCAAAGAGUCACUGAGUCAGCUUGAAAAAGACAUUGCCCUGUUUGAGGCAGAUAAUGACAUCUACGUAGGCAGGGAAGCUACAUUCGAGCAAGAGCAGAAAAUUCAACAACAGUUUCAGCGGACUCUGCUACCACCCAUUAAACAGAAAAAGCCACAUCUGACACCCGCUCCUCCAGUAUCACAAUCAACGAAAAAGCCAACUAUCAGACCUUUUCGUAUGAUUUGUGUCCCACCCAUAUCGAGAAGCGGAAAACAACCUAUUCCCACCCAACCAGUUAUAAUCCUACGACCUAGUCCUGUCCUUCCACCGAUCAAUUAUGAGAAAGCUGAAUAUACACCCCGACCACCUGUAACACCUCCAAACAAAGCAAAUGUAACACCCACCCUUCCACACGUUUACAUGAAAAAGCUGUAGUGCUGUACCUUUAGAGUAGUUUUUUAACCACCUCACCCCCAACCGGUCUUGACAGAAGCCGCCCCAUCUGAGCCUGGUUCUGUCGAAGGU